AUGGGCCCAUCCGGCGCAGAGACCACCAACACCCCCCCAGCAGCAGCACCACCACCAAACAGCAGCAGCAGCAAACAGCAGCACCCCCACCCCCACCGCCACCAAGCAGCAGCAGCAGCAGCAGCAGCAGCAGCAGCAGCAGCAGCAGCAGACCUGUUUGGCGAGCAGCACGUGCUCCCUGGUCUGCGGCAUGGGCCCGUCCGGCGCAGAGACCACCAAGACCCCCCCGUCCAUCUGGGCCGCGCCCGUUAUCAUAUUUUUGACGAAGUCCGCGUGGCCGGGGCAGUCGAGGUGGGCGUAGUGGCGGCGGGCGGUGGCGAACUCGACGGUGGCCGCGCGGAUGGUGAUGCCGCGGCGGCGCUCUUCGGGGGCGGCGUCGAUCGCGGCGUAGGGGCGGAAGGCGGCGAGGCCCUGGGCCGCGAGCGCCCGCGUGAUCGCCGAAGUGAGCGUUGUCUUGCCGUGGUCCACGUGACCAAUGGUCCCCACGUUCACGUGCGGCUUCGAGCGUUCGAACGAGCCGCUCGCCAGCCACCGACGCGCCAAACUGCUGCUGCUGCUGCUGCUGCUGCUGCUGCAGCGCAGCGGCUGCAGCGCACGCAGCCAGCAGCCGACGCGGAGGCCGCGCAACGCACUCGCAGCACUCAUUCUCCGCUGGGGGCAACACGAGAAAAAGUUUUGCGGAAAACACCCAAAAAUUCAGCCAGCCACGCAGCCUGCAUGCACGCCGCAUGCAGCGCAGCUGCAGCAGCAGCCGCUGCAGCAGCAGGCACUCAGCCCCACCCACCCCCCGCGCCGCCGCUAAGUCGACGUUCUUUCGAGUCCAAACGUAAACUCGAGUCCAAAGGAACGGAGUUUGCAAGUCGAAGCGCUUUGCCUUCCCAUUUGCUGCUGCAGCGGCGAAUCUGCACGGCCCGACGGCCGCUCGCCGCUGAGCUGAAAGCUGCUGCUGCUGCUCCUUCUCUUUGGCUGCAAAUUUGA